AUGGGCAAGGGCGACAAGAGGGGCAUCGCACAGCGUAGCGAUGGUGAGUCGGGUUCGAAUCUCGUUUGUAAAUUUACACAAAGCGUGCGGAGGAUCGUUCAGGACGUAAAGGACGAAGGAACUUCAAGUGGACAGACUAAGGAAGAGGCGAUUGAGACAAACAAAAGGUUAAGGAUUGUAAGGAUACGCCUGGAGGGGAGUUAUGAGAUCGCGAAACGUGCUCUCGUUGUGUUAAUGUGUAAAUACACUGACAGCAAACAGGUUCGCAAUGUGUUUCAACGUUAUAACCUUCUGAAAGUUAUGAUCAAGGAUGUGAUCAAGUUAGAGACCCAAUACUGGACCCUGGUGGACAUACCGAAGCAGGAAAAGCAGGAAACAGUACCCGCCUUUGUCCUGCGCGCGUGCUCUAUCAUGGAAAAAAGUCACAAAAGCGGAGAAGGUGUGAAAACUACUGCUCGCCUGGCCGAGGAAGUGGAAAACAAAAGAGAACGCAUCGAAAGACUUGAGGGUAUGACCACAGCCCAAAUCGAAGCAGAGAACACGCAGUUGACCAACGAUCUCUACAGACUGCUGAAAAGAUAUACUGGUCUCAGGAACCUCAUCCGAGAUUUAAAGGUGGAAUACAAUAACUCGAAGGUGUAUCCGAUCUUCCCCCGUUACCCUAUCUUAAAGGACAUGAUAAAGGAUAUAAUGCACAACCCGGACUAUAUGGAGGUCUGUCACGAAGUGGACCAAGCAUAG